CGAUAUGUGAGGAGAGGGGUUGUGGGGUAUAAAAGAGGAGGGUUAUGCAGCAGAGCACCUGAUGCAGAAGCAGACCAUGAUGGCAGCUUACUAUCCCACAACCACGGUCACCACUGACCACAUCCAACAGUAUUUGGAUGAGAACAAAUCAUUGAUUCUGAAGAUUGUUGAGAGCCAAAACUCCGGUAAACUCAACGAGUGUGCUGAAAACCAAGCAAGGCUUCAACGAAACCUAAUGUAUCUGGCUGCAAUAGCUGAUUCACAGCCUCAACCUCCUACCAUGCACCAUCCUCAGGUUUGGGGUUUUUUGCGUGUGUCAGUUUGCUUCGGGAGGGGGGAUGAUGCAGUCCGGACCACACUACUUGCAACACCAGCAGGUGCACCAGCAAAUCUCCACCGCCCAAUCUCUCAUGGCGGCACGCUCACCUAUGCUCUACGGUCACCAGUCCAUGUCAGCACCGCACCACCUCGGGAUGAGCUCCGGCGCCACCGCUGGGCUCCACAUUCUCCCGAGCGAGGCGCACAACGCCGCGGGCUAUGCUGACUUCGCCCGCGGCUUGGGUGGCGGGAACAAGAACGAAUUCGGUGGCUCUCUUUCGAUGGAUGGGCGGAGCGGAAGCUCCGGCGGAGAUGGCGGGGAGACGCUCUACUUGAAGUCCGGGGAUGAUGGGAACUGAUGAGGAAGGCAUGCAUGUUUAGGGAUGACAAUAGCUCUAGGAAAGAGAUGUUUACUUUAUGUUAUGUGUUAAUUAAGGGCUGCAUGCUUUAUUAAUUGUCAUUAGGAAUGUUUAACUUUUAGCUUGGAGGAUGAUGUAGUUGUGACUUGUGAGAGAAUGAAACAACUUGCUUGUAUCCUUGCUUAUGGACUCCUUAGUUAUGUAAAGGGUUAUUUAUUAAGUGAACUAAUUAUAUUAUUAAUGCUCGAUCUUAAUAGUUGGGACCACUAUAUAAAUGUAUGUGACUAAUUAGGGUUAAUUUGUUUUCCAC